AUGAAAGUCCCAACCCUCCUCACCAUCGCUACACUCCUCUCAACCGCAUCUGCCACACCCCAUCCUAAACCUCAACUAGACCACCCCGGCGCCCUCCACACCAACAAAGACAUCGAACGAGUCCGACGCAAAGUGCACGCCCACGAACAGCCCUGGUACCGCGCCUGGCAACACCUCGAGUCCAGCGCUCUCGCACAAACAACCUGGACGCCCAAACCGCACGAAGUCCUCGUCCGCGGCUCAAACAGCACCUGGCCGACCACGCCAGCCCAGAACUACGGCGACGCUUACCGUGACGCACACUCCGCGUACCAACUGACACUGCGGUGGCUCAUCGGCGGAAACACCUCAUACGCAGACCAUGCGGCGACCAUCCUAAACAGCUGGGCCUCGACCCUGCGCGCCCUCAACGGCACAGAAGACCAGUACCUCGCGGCCGGUCUCUACGGGUACCAAUUUGCCAACGCGGCGGAGAUCUUGCGCAUGUAUCCCGGCUGGAGCGCGGCGAAUCAGACGGCGUUUGCGCGCCUACUGACGACCGUGUUUGCCCCGGCGAAUCAAGACUUCCUAGAGACGCACAAUGGUAAGGCGAACUUCUACUACGCGAACUGGGACUUGUGUAAUAUCGCGUCGUUGAUGGCCAUCGGCAUCUUCACAGAUAAUCAGACGAUGGUGGACGAUGCCGCGCAGUACUGGCAGUUUGGGUUACCGGACAGUCAGGUCGUGGUGAAUGGAGCGUUGCCGUAUUUCUCAAUUGCCAACUUCACAGAACCAGGGUCUGGGAAGACGUUGAUGGAGAUGCAGGAGUCGGGUCGCGAUCAGGGACAUGCGUUGCUGUGUAUGGCGUUGCUGGGGGUUAUUGGGCAACAGGCCUGGAAUCAGGGGUUGGAUUUGUUUGGGACUUACGGAUAUGAGAUCCUGAAUGCAGCCGAAUACACCGCCAAAUACAACACCAACCACACCGUCCCCUACAUCCCCUAUACCAGCUGGGAGGGUCUGUUGGAAGAAAUCUCAGCAAAAUCGCGCUUCGACGUGCGUCCGGGAUACGAGGCCAUUGUGUCUCAUUAUACGCGGGUCAAAGGCCUGAAUGCGUCCUGGUCCAUCCAGUUUCGGGACUACGUGAAUGGGAAUAUCUCGGCCGGUGUCGAGGGUGGUGGAGGUGAUUAUGGACCGAAUUCCGGGGGGUAUGAUGUCUUUGGACAUGGGACGCUGAUGUAUCGGAUUGAGGAAGAUGCGUAG